AAAUGACUAACCAUGUGGAGGUCCCCAUGGCAGAUGGUCCCCACAUCAUCUUGGAAGACUUGCCAAAACCUUGCCUGGAUAAGUACUGUGGAUGGCUUAUGCGAAAUGCACUGCUCACUCUCACUAUCAUAGGAGUCAUUUUAGGAUCUCUGUUUGGGGGUUUGCUAAGGUUGCUUCCACCACUUGAUAGUGACCUGAUCAUGCUGAUUUCUUUUCCCGGGGACAUCCUUAUGCGCAUGUUGAAGAUGUUGAUCCUGCCUCUUGUGAUAUCCAGUCUCAUUUCAGGUCUGGCUGGCCUGGAUGCCAAAUCGAGUGGGCGAAUGGGUACUCGUGCCAUGUUGUAUUAUAUGUCAACUACAGUGGUGGCAGCCAUAUUGGGUGUCAUUCUGGUCCUAUCCAUCCACCCUGGCAACCCAAAACUCAAGAAGGCUCCUACAGUGGUAUCCAAAAAUGAGGAUGUCUCCAGCUUGGAUGCUUUUCUGGACUUGAUCAGGAACCUAUUCCCAGAAAACUUGGUUCAGGCCUGUUUUCAGCAGAUCCAAACUGUCUCAACGAAAGUGCCUGUACCACCAGUAGUAGUACGUAAAGAAAACAUCAGCCAGAUAGUCCAUGCCAAUGGGACAGUGCUCAAUGCUACCAUCACGGAGGUCAAUGUGGGUCCUAGCACCGUGACCCAGAAACGGCUGGAGUUCAAGGCUGGAAUGAAUGUUUUGGGUUUGAUUGGCUUCUUCAUUGCCUUUGGCAUCUCCAUGGGGAAAAUGGGGGAACAAGCCAAGCCCAUGGCUGAUUUCUUCAACAUCCUCAAUGAGAUCAUCAUGAAGCUGGUUUCCAUGAUCAUGUGGUACUCACCUUUUGGCAUUGCGUCACUCAUCUGUGGCAAGAUUGCAGCUAUCAAAGACCUGGAGAUGGUGGCCAGGCAGCUGGGCAUGUACAUGGUGACUGUCAUUGUGGGCUUGGUGAUCCAUGGUGUUGUGGUGCUGCCUCUCAUCUUCUUUGUCAUCACUCGGCAGAAUCCCUUCAUCUUCUAUGCUGGUAUAUUCCAGGCUUGGCUUACUGCCCUUGGUACUGCCUCCAGUGCUGGAACACUGCCUGUAACUUUCCGCUGCCUCGAAGAGAACCUUAAAAUUGACAAACGGGUGACACGUUUUGUACUGCCUAUUGGAGCCACCAUCAACAUGGACGGCACUGCGCUCUAUGAGGCUGUGGCAGCCAUCUUCAUUGCACAGAUGAACAGCAUAAACUUGGAUGGGGGACAGAUUGCAACUGUCAGCCUGACAGCCACAUUGGCUAGCGUGGGGGCAGCCAGUAUACCCAGUGCUGGGUUAGUCACCAUGCUUCUGAUCCUGACAGCUGUGGGUCUCCCUACCCAGGACAUCAGUCUCCUCAUUGCUGUGGACUGGCUACUAGAUCGCAUGAGAACCUCCAUCAAUGUGGUGGGCGACUCCUUUGGUGCUGGCAUAGUCCAUUACCUCUCCCUGAAAGAGCUGGAAGUCAUUGAUGCCAGAGUUGAAGGGCGUGAGCCAGACCCCUCUGCCCUGAAACUGCAAGCGCUGGGCAAUCACCAGGGGCCCCUGGAAGGCUCCAUUGGCUCUGGGUACACAGUCCUGCCCAGCCAAGAUGAGGAGGAGCUUCCAGAGAAAAUGGAUGCAGCAUCGCAGUACAGUGAGAAGGAUGAAGAGGACCCUUCCAAUGAUGAAGAGGAAAGAGAAGAGAAGAAAGAAGGCGAAUAGAUAACCAUCCCCCCUCGCUCUCUUCCUCCUUCACACACACAGCACAAUAGUUGCUGCCAGCCUCAGCAAUGUAGAUGAUGGGAGAGAUGAGGGGGGCAGUAUCACAAUAUUGAUGUGAUUUUCU